UUUAAAAAUGGAAACCUAGUUGUAAUAAGAGACAACUGGGGAGGAGGGGUGUGUAUGGAGGGAGUAUGUGUGAUCUAAGAGUCCCUUCAAAUGAGGCUCAGAAAUGCAGUCCUGAAGAAAAUGCUUCCUUCUUCAGUAAGGUAACAUAUUCCUGGUAUAGCAGAAUAAUAACUUUAGGCUACAAGAAACCAUUGGAAAGAGAGGACCUUUUUGAAUUGAAUGAAAGUGACUCUCCAUAUAUUGUAUGUCCCAACUUUGAAAAGCAUUGGAGGAAGGAACUUUUAAAGGCAAGAAAAGGUUUAAAGGCUCCUCAUGACAAAGGGGUGAUAUCAGAGAAAGCAAGUUUUGAGAAACCAUCUCUGCUUUAUCCUUUAUGGCAGACAUUUCGAUUUUUAUUGAUUAAAGUGGCCAUUCUGAAAGUUGCAUCUGAUAUUCUAGCCUUCAUUGGCCCACAGAUAAUGAAGGAAAUGAUAACUCUGUUUGAAAAUCGCUCUGAUUUAUACUGGAACCGGUACGGCUAUGCCAUUGCUCUUCUUGUUGUGGUUGUUUUGCAGUCACUUGUCCAUCAGUUAUACCAACGUUUCAAUAUGCUCACCUCUGUCAAAAUUAAGACAGCUGUUGUUGCCCUGAUAUACAAAAAGGCUUUAAGCUUAGCUAAUUCUUCACGACGAAAAUAUACAACAGGUGAAAUUGUUAACUUGAUGUCAGCAGAUGCCCAACAACUUAUGGAACUGACUGUCAACCUCAAUCUUCUAUGGUCAGCACCAUUUCAGAUCCUGAUGGCAAUUGUCUUUCUCUGGCAAGAACUGGGCCCAUCAGUGCUAGCAGGUGUUGCAGUGCUCAUUUUGGUUAUACCUAUAAAUGCUUUUGUUGCUGCAAAAGUAAAACAGCUGAGGAAAAACCAAAUGAAGAAUACAGAUCAACGAAUAAAACUACUAAAUGAAAUCUUGCAUGGAAUAAAGAUUCUUAAACUUUAUGCCUGGGAACCUUCUUAUCAGAAGAAGGUUGUGGAAAUUCGAGAACAUGAAAUAAAUGUUCUGAAGUCAUCUGGGUACCUGACAACUUUCUCCAUGCUAACUUUAACCUGUAUUCCUUUUAUGGUCUCUUUGGCUACAUUUGGAGUCUAUUUUCUGCUGGAUGAAGCAAAUGUCCUCACUGCAACUAAAGUUUUUACAUCAAUCUCUUUGUUUAAUAUUUUGCGAUUACCUUUGUUUGAUUUGCCAACAGUGAUCUCAGCUAUAGCCCAGACAAAGGUUUCUGUGGGUCGUUUAGAGGAUUUUUUAAAUUCUGAAGACCUUGACCCUCAAAACAUUGACUCCAACUACAGUGGAAAUCAUGCUGUGGGAUUUAUCGGUGCUUCUUUCCGAUGGGAAAAUACUGGACCUUCGAUCUUAAAUAAUUUGAACAUGAAGAUCCCAGAAGGCUCUUUAGUUGCUGUUGUGGGGCAGGUUGGAUCUGGAAAGUCAUCUCUACUUUCUGCUAUUCUGGGAGAAAUGAACAAGUAUGAAGGAACAGUCCAAAGAAAAGGUUCAGUAGCUUAUGUUUCCCAGCAGGCCUGGAUUCAGAAUUCCAUUUUGCAAGAAAAUAUUCUCUUUGGCUUAGGUCUAAACAGGUCAUAUUAUGAGAGGGUUUUGGAAGCCUGUGCUCUACUACCAGAUUUGGAGCAGUUACCAAAUGGGGAUCAAACAGAGAUUGGAGAAAGGGUAAUAAAUAUAAGUGUGGGGCAGAAGCAAAGAGUUAGUCUGGCUAGAGCAGUUUACAGCAAUGCUGACCUCUAUCUUCUGGAUGACCCCUUGUCUGCUGUAGAUGUACAUGUUGGAAAGCACCUUUUUGAGAAGCUGAUUGGGCCCUCAGGGCUCUUAAAAAACAAGACACGUAUUUUAGUGACCCAUAAUCUGACACUCCUGCCUCAGACAGAUGUUAUAAUUGUAAUGGAAGAUGGUAGGAUAGCACACAUGGGAACCUAUCAAGAGCUGCUCUCAGAAAGAGCUAACUUUGCUGAGUUCCUUCAAAUCUUCAGUGCAGAAAAUAAAAGUGAAGAUCCACCUCAAGUGAAAGUGCCUUCUUUAAAGAGAGAAAGUCAAAAAGGCAAUAUUCUGCCUCAAAAAGAGCUCCUGGGGCAUAAAGACAGUUCUGCCUUUGAACAAGCCAAAGCAUCCUCAAUGAAGAAAGAAAAUGUUGCUACUGGCAGUAUGAAGAUGUCAGUGGUUUUGAAAUAUCUGCAAGCAUUUGGCUGGCUAUGGGUAUGGCUAACCUUAAUUGCUUAUGUAGGACAAAAUGCAGUAGCCAUAGGACAAAAUCUGUGGCUUAGCACCUGGUCAGUAGCAGAAGAAAAAAAUAAGGAUUACGGAGAAUGGAAACACUUAAGAAACAAUAAACUUGGUGUCUAUGGGCUUUUGGGAUUCAUACAAGGUCUUAUGGUCUGCUAUGGUGCAUACGUGCUUACCCGGGGAUCCCUCUGUGCGUCUCGGACAUUGCAUAAUCAGAUGUUAGACAACGUACUCCAUCUUCCCCUCCAGUACUUUGAAACUAAUCCCGUUGGGCAGAUCAUCAAUAGAUUCACAAAGGACGUGUUUAUCCUUGAUCUACGCUUCCAUUACUACUUACGCACCUGGUUAAACUGUACACUAGAUGUUAUUGGAACCAUUUUAGUGAUCGUGUCUGCUUCACCACUCUUCAUAUUGAUAGUUAUUCCCCUAGGAUACUUGUAUUUUAUUAUCCAACGAUACUACAUAGCUAGUUCACGACAAAUCCGACGAUUAACUGGAGCAUCAAACACUCCUGUGAUCUCCCAUUUCAGUGAAACUCUUUUAGGACUAUCUACAAUUCGGGCAUUUGGACACCAGGAAAGGUUCAUAAGACGAAACAAAGAUGUGAUGAAUGAGAACUUGGUUUGCUUCUACAACAAUGUUAUCUCAAACAGGUGGUUGGCUGUCAGGCUUGAGUUUCUAGGAAGCCUGAUGGUUUUCUUUGCUGCCUUGUUUGCAAUGAUGGCUGGAAAUACAAUUAAUUCCUCCACAGUGGGUUUAUCGAUAUCAUACGCACUAAAUAUAACUCAAACUUUGAAUUUUUGGGUUCGUAAAGCAUGUGAAAUUGAAACAAAUGGAGUUUCCAUUGAAAGAAUUUGUGACUAUGAAAAAAUGGGCAAAGAGGCCCCCUGGAUAAUGUCUAAAAGACCACCAAUGGGAUGGCCCAAUAAAGGGAUAAUAGAGUUCAUUAAUUACAAAGCUCGGUAUAGAACAGAUCUUGGUUUGGCCCUACAAGAUAUCUCCUUCCAAACGCAGAGUAAAGAGAAGGUUGGAAUUGUAGGAAGAACAGGAGCUGGUAAAUCAACACUCACAAAUUGUUUGUUUAGAAUUAUAGAGGGAGCUGGAGGCAAAAUAAUUAUAGAUGGAAUUGAUAUAUCAACUAUUGGCCUACAUGAUCUACGUGGCAAUCUUAACAUUAUUCCACAGGACCCUGUAUUGUUCUCCGGAACCAUCCAAUCUAACUUGGAUCCUUUUGGAAAAUAUUCUGAUCGUGAGCUAUGGGAGGCAGUGGAGUUGUGUGACUUAAAGAAUUUUGUCCAAUCACUGCCAAAGAAGCUCCUUCAUGAGAUUUCAGAGGGUGGUGAAAACCUCAGUGUUGGUCAGAGGCAACUUGUCUGUCUUGCCCGUGCUUUGCUACGGAAGACAAAAAUUCUGAUCUUAGAUGAAGCGACAGCUUCUGUUGACGUGGAAACAGAUAAUCUAGUGCAGUCAACCAUCCGGAAGGAGUUUUACAACUGCACAGUCCUAACUAUAGCCCACAGAUUGCAUACAAUAAUGGAUUCUGAAAGAGUGCUUGUUCUGGGCUCUGGAAGAAUUAUAGAAUUUGAUACCCCACAUAAUUUAGUACUUCAGCAAGGAGUUUUUUCUAAAAUGAUUUCUGAGGCUGGGAUAAUUCAAGAUUCAAAUAACUCAUGAACUUAUUUUUGUCACAAGAAGAUUGCGGUUUCUUUUUUCUGAACUUGAAUGCAGGAAAUGCUCCAUUGAUGUGUGGUUAAUUGUAUCCUUGACAUUAUGAAAUGAUGAUACAAUUUAGGAGAAUGGGUAGUUUUAAUACUACAUACGUCGUAGGAAAAAAAAGCAGAUGAUGGCUACUGUUGUGAUCUGCAGUGCAUACUCCUGAAUCUUCUUUAAAUUGUUUUUAUAUAAAUUUUUCACUAGAACUAAAACAUUGUAUACAGUGAAUUUUGCUUUAAUAAAUGAUCUACAAACUACAUCAAUGCUUGUUAACCACAAUAGUUAACACUUCAGAACCUUCAGACUUUGUUUUGGAUGAAUCUGUUUGUAUGUUUUAAAUUAUUUAAUAAAUAA